UCUGAAAGAAUCUCCUGGCUCCCAGAUUUAGACUUGCUCAGCUCCAGUCUAGGUAAUUUUUGGAGACUAAGCCAGCAAAUGAAAGAUCUUUCUCUCUCACAGUAGGUACUUAGUUUAUGUUACUCAAAAAGACUGUUCAAAUGAGAUUGGAGUCCUUGAUUUGAUUGUUUCUAGAGCUUAGUUGUGUUAAUUUUUUUUGUUUGUUUUCAUGAGACACUUUUGAUUAUAAGGAAUUUGUGGUAUUAACUUGGUUUCUGUCUGCUAUAACAAGAGGUGUUGAGUGAUGUUGUUGAUGUUGCCUAAAAACUCCAGUUUGGCUCUAACUUACAAUGACUUGUUUCAGAGGGAGUGCCUUUCCAUUCAUAUUGGUCAAGCUGGUGUCCAGAUUGGAGAUGCUUGUUGGGAACUUUACUGCCUGGAACAUGGAAUCCAGCCAGAUGGCAUCCUUCUCAACAGUAAAGAGGAUCAGCUGGAAAAUGCUAACACGGAGCACAUGAGUACAUCCUUUAAUACCUUCUUCUGUGAGACAGAAGCUGGAAAUUACGUACCCAGGGCACUCUUCAUGGAUUUAGAACCAACUGUAAUAGAUGGCAUCCGCACUGGGAAGUAUCGUUCACUCUUUCACCCAGACCAGCUGCUUAGUGGAAAGGAGGAUGCAGCAAACAACUACGCACGAGGGCACUACUCUGUGGGGACAGAGAUCAUCGAUCUUGUGCUAGAGAGGAUCCGGAAGCUGGCAAAACAAUGCAGUGGACUUCAGGGGUUCCUGAUAUUCCGAAGCUUUGGAGGAGGCACGGGCUCAGGAUUUACAUCUCUGUUAAUGGAGCGGCUCUCAGUAGAAUACAGCAGGAAGACUAAAUUGGAGUUUGCUGUCUAUCCAUCCCCCCGGAUCUCCACAGCUGUAGUAGAGCCAUACAAUUCCAUCCUCACCACCCAUUCCACCAUAGAACACUCAGACUGUGUCUUCAUGGUGGACAAUGAGGCCCUCUAUGACAUCUGCCAUCAUAGACUUGGUGUCGAACGCCCCUCUUAUGCCAAUAUUAAUAGGUUGGUAGGUCAGGUGUUGUCUUCCAUUACUGCUUCUCUUCGGUUUGAAGGGCCCUUGAAUGUGGACCUGAUUGAAUUCCAGACCAACCUAGUCCCUUAUCCAAGGAUACACUUUCCAAUGACAACCUUUGCCCCCAUAAUCUCUGCUGAGAGAGCCUACCAUGAGCAUCCCUCCGUGUCAGAUAUUACUGCUGCCUGCUUUGAGUUCUCCAACCAGCUGGUCAAGUGUGAUCCUCAUCUUGGGAAGUACAUGGCCUGCUGCCUACUCUACAGAGGGGAUGUGGUCCCUAAGGAUGUGAAUGCCGCAAUUGCCACCCUGAAGUCGAGGAACUCUGUUCAGUUUGUAGAUUGGUGUCCAACUGGUUUUAAAGUGGGCAUCAACAAUCACCCUCCAAAGGUGAUGCCAGGAGGAGACCUGGCUAAGAUCCAGAGGGCUGUCUGCAUGCUGAGCAACACCACAGCCAUUGUGGAGGCGUGGGCCCGUCUAGAUCACAAGUUUGACCUCAUGUAUGCCAAGAGGGCAUUUUUACAUUGGUACAUUCAAGAAGGCAUGGAACAAAGCGAGUUCUCAGAGGCCAGGGAAGAUCUGGCAGCUCUAGAGAAGGAUUAUGAGGAAAUGGGACAUGGUUUCUGAUGCAAACAUGAGUGGUGAAAAUGUUAAAUUAAAAUAUGUACUUUCCCUUCAAGCCAUUAUAUGCAUAGUGGAAAGAAGUUCUUUGAUUAGUAGAAUAAGUUAAACCAGGCAAGACUACUUUCCAUACUAAUCUAUGUGGGUCAGUAUUAACAAAGAUUACAUAUUUUUCUGUCUAAUUCAGCUCUGAUUCUUAGCACCUUUCUAGGGUCCAGAGUUCUUUGAUAUAGUGGACUACUUUUUAAAAAUAAAUUUAUUUUAUUUUUGAUGAUA